GGUAAUCGGAAAUACAACCCUUAGUCAGAAACAUAUGUACACAACACCUAUCUGAAAAGUAUUAAUACAAUAUUUUUGGAAAGUUGUUUUGAUUGGCUUUAACUUAAUCGGCAUUGCAGUAGCAGCUGAAUAUACAAAAAACCAACAAAAUCAGUUGAGAUGGGAAGCAUCGAAAAGGCGUGUAUAUCUGGAUUCCUGUGCCGACUAUGUUCCGAAAUGCAUCGAACAGUAAUACAUAUUUAUAGUGAUCAUGGCCAACGUUUGUGUCUUGUAGAGAAAAUCAACGGCUACCUACCAAUAACAAUUUCUCCGACUGAUCCCUUGCCUAAGACCAUAUGUAAAACGUGUCUACACCGAGUGGAACAGCAUUAUUCGUUACUUAUGCGACUGACACGAAUGCGGGAAGAGCGCAAAUUUAAGUCAAUCGAGUGCAAGCCUCGAAGAGAAGUAAUUUUUCAGAGAAAUCCCUCGAUAUCCAGCGUGGAAUCGGAAGAGGAAGUGAUAAAUCAACCCUCGAUUCACGAAUUAUUAGAUGAUGAUGAACAAGGAGCACGAAGCAACGAGACCGGAAGAACCGUAUCCGAAACUGUUCAACAACAGACCCAGGAAUCCCAAUCCCCCAAGUCAGCAGAGACUGUAGUGCCCACACCAAACAGCAGAGAAAGCCACGAUGAUAGUGGUGCUGGCCCCAGCAAUAGAGAUCCAAUAGAGACUGGCUCCUCCACAGGCGUAGGUAGCACCACCCAGCAGAGAACCCAUUUAGAUUAAGGACUGCUAACCUCACUCUGGUCGGUGGAACUAUAUAUACGAGUACUUGACUAUGUAUAUAUAGACGCGUUUGUGUGUACGUACGUUUAGAUUGGAAUAAAAUAAGCAUUUUA